AUGAUGUCCAGGAGUCAGUCGAGUCUGGGCUAUCUGGAUGCUCCCAGAGAUGACCCUGCUUCCGGGGUGUCGCCAGGAUAUGCGCAGCCACCGUCGAACUCGGGACCUAUCAACCUGUCGGGUCUCGUGUGCAAUGUGCGCCGGACGACGGGCAGAGAGCCCCAUCCGCUGGUGGGCGCGACGACGACCAUUCUGGGCGAUAAGCUCUACGUGUUCGGUGGUCGGGUGUUGUCGAAGAACCGCCCGCAGUUGACGUCCGAUUUGUACGAGCUGGACUUGAUUCGGCGUCACUGGUCCAGGAUCGAUACCUCCGGGGAUAUCCCACGCCCGCGAUACUUCCACAGCGUCUGUGCUCUCGGCGAUAACAAGUUGGUCUGCUACGGUGGUAUGUCGCCGGCCUUGAAUGCUCCCAAAGACCCUGUGACCAACGGCGCGGCCGGUCAAGAGGCGCAACCGGAGGUGGUGGUCAUGUCUGAUAUCCAUAUUCUCGAUGUGCCCUCGCGGACGUGGACUCGGGUGCCAGCGACCGACUCGCCUCAGGGUCGAUACGCCCAUUGCGCGACUAUCCUGCCUUCCAGCGCUCACUUCACUUCCGCCAGUGCGCCGCUAUCGGCUAUCCAUCAUAACCCUGCCUCGUCCAAUCCGCAUCAAGGCUCGAUCGGAGUGGAUAUCGACGGCUUCGGCGGUGCCGAAAUGGUGGUGGUGGGCGGACAGGAUAGUUCCAACCACUACAUCGAGCAGGUCAGCGUCUUCAACCUGCGCAGUCUGAAGUGGACCAACACCAGCUCGCUGGGGAGAAGUUGCGGGGCUUAUCGCAGCGUGGUGGCGCCCCUGGUCGGCAUGAAUGUCUCGGAUAUUGGGUCGAAUGCGGCCGACAAGGACACCCAGGAGCCGGCCGAAGAGUCCCAGGUCGAGGGCUCGCCGAUGCUCAUCUACUCCAACUACAAUUUCCUGGACGUCAAGCUCGAGCUCCAACUGCGGCUGCCCGAUGGACGCCUGGUCGAGAAGUCCAUGCAGAGCCAAGCGUCGCCGCCGGGGCUGCGGUUCCCGAACGGCGGUGUCAUCAACGGACACUUUGUCGUGAGUGGGACCUACCUGACCUCGUCGAAGCAGGAGUAUGCCCUAUGGGCGCUGGAUCUGAAGACCCUCACCUGGGGCCGAAUUGACGCCGGUGGGUCCGUGUUCGGCCACGGCAGUUGGAACCGCGGAGUGUUGUGGGCGAGAAGAAAUACUUUUGUGAUUCUCGGGCACCGGAAGCGCAGCCUGGUGGAGGAUUACAACCAUCGCCGGCUGAACUUUUCCCAUGUCUGCAUGGUAGAGUUGGAAGCGUACGGUUUGUACAACAAUCCGUGCCGGAGUGCGCCCACAUCGGGGUACGUCUCGCAUAGUGCCCCGUCUGUUCCAGCCUCUCUUCAACAGAAAUUGACGCAGUUAACGUCCGGAGGUCGACCGUUCACCUCGGCGUCGGAUGAGCUGGGCAAACUGGCCCAGACGCUCCCGGAGAUGGCCGACAUGGAACUACAAGCGGUGGGCGGAGAACGAAUCCCCGUCAACUCACGCAUCCUGACUCGACGAUGGGGCCCUUACUUCAUCCAGCUCCUGCGCGAAUCCGCGGAUGGUGGGAUGUCGGACUCGGCCACGCUCCGGACGGCGGUGCAGAUGCAUCCCAGCCGCAACUCGAGCAUCACGAUCACCCCAUCCAUCGGACACAAUAGCAACUACUCGAACGCCACCACCCUCGUCAGCAAUCCCUCCGCCACUCCCUACAAGUCCUUGUUAGCGAAUCUUGAGAUACCCUCUGCGCAUAGUUUACCCCCGACCUCCCGACCUCGCGUGCUCUACCUUCCCCACACCCACCUCACCCUGCAGGUGCUGGUCUACUAUCUCUACACCUCCUCCGUUCCCGCCGUCGGCUCCCCUCUUUGCACGCCCCAGAUCCUCUGCUCUUUGCUCCAGCUCGCUCGUCCCUACCAAGUCGACGGUCUCCUGGAAGCCACCGUCGAGCGAUUGCACCAGAUGCUCGACGGCCGCAACGCCGCCGCCGUCUUCAAUGCUGCAGCCAUGGCGGCUGGAGGUGGUCGCGGCACCGGCUUCACUGGCGGACCGGGAGGCACACUCGAAGCAUUGAAUGGCGCGCACGCCGCCAGCGAGUCGUCCACGGGUACGGGCACCAAUGCCUCGCAACGCAGCCGACUCACCUCCGACUCGUCCGAUACUGAACACGGCACCACCUCUGCCGUGUCGGUCGCCAGUAGCGCCGGCGGCGCCGGCGGCUCCUCCUCCCAGUCCCGCGGCAUCCCCCUGCGCAUCAACACCAACAUCUUCAGUCGUCGCCACCGGAACCAUUCCAGCAGCCACGACCGCGAACGCGAACGGGAGCGCGACCGUGAGGACUCCAUCAGCAACGCGAGCACCUCCACCUCCGCAUCCACCAACACUAGCUUCGAUCACUCCGACACCGACCUCCCCUCCGGCCACCGUCGUCGCGACACCGACGCUGAAAUCCACCCUCAGCGCGAGAUCUGGACCGGUGACCUUAGCAGCGUCAUCGGCCUGCAGAAGCGUGGUCUUCGCGGUCUCAUGGAAGGCCGUCGGUUGCGAGAACGGAACACCAAGCCGGCGAGUACGGGCGGCCCGGUUUCUGUCGCUGUUGAUCCGAAUGGGAUGGCUAGCAGUACCAGCUUAUCAUGA